GCCAGAAUAGGUGAUGCUUCGAGACUUAUGUUACCUUUUGAUGGGCUUCUUGUCUACCUCCUUGGGCAGUGCUGGUCCCCCACGCAGCCGGAUCGUUGGAGGACACGAAGCGAAGCCCCACUCAAGGCCUUACUCAGCAGCUUUGAAAGUCAAUGGACAUUUUGGAUGCGGGGGGUUCCUCAUUGCUCCCCAGUGGGUGCUGACUGCAGCCCAUUGCAAUGGAGAGAUUUCUGUUGUUUUGGGUGCACACGAUCUGGACGCUGUUGAAAACACCCAGCAAAUGAUGGAAGUCGAAAGCUACCACAAAUAUCCCGGUUAUGUCAUAAUGGAGGGCGUCCCUUUCAAUGACAUUCUUCUGCUGAAGCUGAGACACGAAGCCAAGCUGAAUGAGUAUGUCCAAGUGAUUCCUAUACCAAUCUCCAUGGAUGACCUUCCCAAAGACACCAAAUGCUUUGUGGCGGGAUGGGGCCGGAUCGAUGCGACGUUCAAACCCACGCCGAAGCUGUUUGAGACCAACGUGACGGCUCUUGGCCGUAGAAAGUGUCUCGUGUUUCGCCCAGAAAUGACUGAUGGGAUGCUGUGCGCAGGCAGCCGGGCCACUCUCUGUGAUGUCAGCAACGGGGAUUCCGGGAGCGCCUUGGUCUGCAACGGGGUGGCCCACGGCAUCGUCUCCUAUGGUUUUCAGGUCCCCCCUUCGAUAUACACCCGCGUUGCAGCCUUCCUUCCUUGGAUCCAAGAGAUGAUGGGGUGAAAGCUGAGGAAGAGAGAAAAAUCCACUGCAAUGUUUCAAGUGCCUUUGUUUCGUUUUCCUGCGCUUUCCAGAUGCUUU